AUUACUUGUGAUCCUUUUACGUGGCAACAAAUUAUUGGCUCAUACAGCCGUGUCACGUGCUGCUUUAUUUUUAUUUUUAGGACAAGAGUGUUCAAUUUUGGUCCACACUUCUUUUUUAGGAACGCUACACGUUUGGUAAGUUUCCCGCGUCUUACCUGAUUGGAAGUUUAUUCCUCUUCCAAUCCAGUGAUAAUAUUCCAUUUAGAAAAUGCUAAAGAAAACGUUAACGGAAUGAUUGUUCUACAUACAGCAAACUCUUCUUUGAUGUUUUUAAGUAUUAAAUUGUGUUUAAAACGUUCUCACGUGGAAUUGGUGGUUCUGCUAUGGUGUUUUUAUUAUGGCCUCCUGUUUCUUCUUUCCUUUCGCUCGUUUUACUUUCAUUUUUCAUCUUCCUCAUCUUAAAUAAAUUAUAUAAGUUGCUGGUCAACGCGUUUGUUGACCAUCUUUUGCCGUCCAAUGUACAGGUUCCUGUUACAAGUGAAACUACAGGCAACAAGAGGUCAAGAAGGAAAAAGGUAAUUUUACUUUAAUAAAUGUAAAUAGGUCCAAAUUCAUGUGUGGAACACUAGGCUCGAUGAUUAUUAAUAACAACUCUUUUUGGGUGGUACCAUUAAUAAAAACUUGAUGUAGAGAAUGUUAUAAAGAUGUACAGUGUUUGUUAUGGUAAUCAAUAUCCGAAAUGAAUUGUUACCAUACAUGACGGUAGAAUUUUCACCUUGAUAACUACGGUUUCCAUUUGGGCAUAAUGGAAUCCACAUUCACAAAUAUAAUGGCAUUUUAUUAUCUGUAUAUACUGACUAAUGACAUACAUAAAAGGGAUUUGGUGGGGCAGUAGGUUAUCAGUUUCAUUUACUGUGAUUUAAAUUCCUGUUUGCUUGCAGACUUUACCUGAACUUAAGGAGGAGGAGAGUUCGCUGUUGAAGGAGAAGAGAUAUUUGAAGAAUGAAUUGGCAACAUUCAGGCUCAAAGUUGAGAAAGAGAGAGCUGAAAAUGAAAUUUUGAAGAGAAUGAAGCUUGACUUGCUAUCAAAUCGGGCUACAGAAGCAACCAUGGCUUUGGUAGUUCCAAACUCUACUAUUUCAGACCAAUGCCAGCAGACACAAGUAUGUAAUGGUCCCAAAAGUGUUGCAUGCAAUGCGGAUGAACCAACUUUGCCAAAUAAUUCAGCUAAACUACAGGAGGUUGGAAAUAGGGAGCCGUCCUUUUUGCUACCUGAUCUGAAUGUUCCUUUUGAGGAUGACUUAGGCUCUGGAGUUCUACAUGGACUGAGCUGAGAUGAUUUAUAUGAAUAUUCUUUCUCCAACCUCAACAUAAGAAGAGUGAGUGAAGAUUUCCAGCAGAGUUUGGUUAAAUAAUACAUGGUAGCCCUAACUCAUUGCCAGUUAUUCGAAGUAACAAACCACUUACCUACUUCGUUUUCUGACCUUGAUGCAGAAGCUUGCUUCGUUUCUUUUUUUAUGGAGGUCGGUCCUGAUGGUAGUGUAGAGAGCCUAACACAUUAGAUAGUCUGAUAUUUUUGUUUUCUUGAAGGUUUCAACUUUCAACAUCUGUCUGGAAUUCUUAGGGGGAUAAACCCUCCAUCCUUCUGUUCCCUUUCCGAAGAAUACUUCAACUAAUAAUUAACUGUAAUUAUUUUUUAUAUAGAUAGUCGCAUGUUGGACACCUUAGGUUGAACCAUGUCAGUUUGCUAGUUUAUGUACUUUUCUGCUGGAUUUUUUCUUGCACAUUGGUAUGAAAUGGAUGUCGACAUACAGGAAUAGUGAACAUAUUCUUUGUAGAAAUUUGUAUAAUUAGAUCUAGGGAUUGUUGAUUGUUGUUCGUGGGUGACUUUGUUAUAGGAAGUUCCAAGAUUGAUUUGUUCUCUCACUUUUAGCUGAAAAUGGUUGGCAUGGUGACUGAUCCUGGG